AUGGACAGUGGUGGGGAGAAAGUGGCCCGGGCUGGAGGCCCUGAGCAGCUGAAAUACCAGGUAACCGGAUCAAUAUCAAACUUGUCGCUGGUUUCUCGGAGCUCGGCGUGACUGGGAGACUGCUUCUUGCUGCUGUGAGAGCAGACGUGGGUUCUGAAAGUUUCCAUCCACUGCGAGGGCUGCAAGAGGAAGGUCAAGAAGGCUCUCCAGAGCAUCGAGGGUGACCCUUUUCCUUCCUCCUCCUGCAGCACCUCUCUGGUUUUCGCCGAUUUGAUAGGUUCUCCUCCUGCAGGGGUGUACACGACGGCGGUGGAUGCACCGCAGCAGAAGGUCAUCGUCACCGGGAACGUUGACGCCGAGGUCCUCGUCAAGAAGCUGCUGAGGGCCGGCAAGCACGCCGAGAUAUGGCCGCAGAGUCUGCCGCCGGCUAAGGAGGGAGGUGGGUACGGCGGUGGAAAAGGUAAUAAGGGUUCCCAGGGGAAUGGCAAGUCUAGGGAGAAGGACCCAGUUUCCAGCAACGUCUGCGAAAAGAGGUCCCCCGAAGAGGGCGGCGCCAGUGAUGGUGACCCUGAGAGUCCAGCGGCCGCAGAAGCGGAGGCGACGAAAUCCCCGACAAAGAACGAGGAGGCUUCUAAUAUAGAGAACAGAGUAUCCUCCCCUUCGCCGGAGAAGGCCUCCGCCAACUCCGGCGGCGGCGAGAAGGGUAGUGGCGGUGGGGGAAGGAGGAAGGGGAAGAAGGACCGGAAGGAGGACGCCGUCGACAGUGCCGCCUGCCAGUCUCAUCACCAGCAGGUUUUCUCCCACUUCCCCCCCUACCCGGCGCUGCCGUCGCCUCUGUACGCCGUCAGCUACAGCGCGGUUCACCCCAACGCCGGCAACGGCGCGGCGUUCUACGCCUCGCUGCCGCACAGCUUCGUCUUAGGCCCCGACCCGCACUAUUACCUUGCCGGGCCCUGCUACAGUCCGCCGCCGCCAGCCGCACUGGUGAUACCCCCCUCCGAUGAAGCGUCCUACCAUGCCUUCAGCGAGGAGAACGCCAACGCCUGCCACGUUAUGUGA